ACAACCCAGUUAAAUCCCACAAGAGUAGGGUCUGGGGAGCGUGUGUGUACGCAGACCUUGCCCCUACUCGAAAGUAGAGAGGCUGUUUCCAAAGAGACCCCCGGCUCAACAUCGAAAGUUGCAGUGUUUGACUAACUGCUACUUCAUUAAUUAAAGAAGCGCAGAUAGUUUAGAGAUCCAUUUUGAUUUAUUCCAUCACACCCCAAAGCCAAAAAUGGUGAAAUUUUGACUCCAUCGGAGAUGAUGGAAAAAGACAUAUACUUGUAUCAGNGUAGGGUCUGGGGAGCGUGUGUGUACGCAGACCUUGCCCCUACUCGAAAGUAGAGAGGCUGUUUCCAAAGAGACCCCCGGCUCAACAUCGAAAGUUGCAGUGUUUGACUAACUGCUACUUCAUUAAUUAAAGAAGCGCAGAUAGUUUAGAGAUCCAUUUUGAUUUAUUCCAUCACACCCCAAAGCCAAAAAUGGUGAAAUUUUGACUCCAUCGGAGAUGAUGGAAAAAGACAUAUACUUGUAUCAGAAAUCGAAAAGAACUAGGCUGGUUCCUGGACGGGCACCUCUCAGCUUUGGAUUACACUGUGCACUGCUUGCAGGAAUCCCCCAGGAAGUCGUGAAACGAGCAGCGGUCAUUUUGGAUGCUCUGAAGAAUGACAGGCAUGUUGAGCGGCUCUGCAGUGAGAAUAUAUUGGUUCAUGACCAGCUUUGUAAGGAAGCAGUGGAGAAGUUGUUAGCCUUUGAUGUAAUGAAUGGAGGAGACAUCCGCCCGUUCUUCGAAGACAUUUUCCCUUCAUAGUUCCAAGUGUUUGUACGUAUAUAAAGCUUUGUUUGGCAAAGCGACCGGAAAGGUAAGUGAUCAAGUUAAUGCAAAUUUUGUAGAAAUGACAUAAAAAGGAGAUAAAAGUAGGGCAAGUCAUGUCACUUCUAUAUAUGAAAACUCACAUGAGACCUGCACAUUAAUGGGUGGCUACUUGCAUCUCUUAGCAUUUUGUUUUUGCCUUAGCAAUGGCACCCAUAGAAUCUUAUGUUUGCCUUUCUUGUUAUGGGAAUUAAUAGUUUAACACUAU